CCAAGCCGACAGACGUACGGUCAGUCCGGUCUGGAGGCGCGAUUGUAAUGUGAGCAAUUUUCGAAGACAGUGGCUCAAACCGUUGGUAAACGCUACCGCGAGCAGUGUGACCGUGUACGAGCAGACCAUCGUGAGGAAAGAAGUUUUUUUUGCGAGUUGAAUUUUAUGAUUUGUGGAAAGCAAACACGUUAGAUGGAGAGUGGCAUUUUUGAAAGCGAGGCUGUGAUUUCAAACAUAAAGAAGGUGAUACACAAAAAAGUGCUUAGCGAAUAUUGCUGGAAUCCGUUAAAACCAGUUGUGUUUGAGGUUAAGUGUUCUCUUGCCCCAGUUUAGAUUUUGAAAAACUUACAACAGAAUAAGUUUGAAAGACGAGCUCAAAAUGAUGGGCAAAACUAAUCCUUUGAAUGUCGUACUGAUCGGACUGUUGUUGGAAUUGUGUAGUUUUCGAAUGUUCGUGAAUGGAUUUUUAAAUUUUAGUUCUGUGUUAGGUAUUAAUUUUGGAAUAGCUGAUUUGUUUGAAAUAAACUACGGACAGCCUGCUUUAAGACCGGCUUAUGACUAUGUGAUUGUUGGCGCUGGCCCGGCAGGAUGUGUUUUAGCAAACCGACUCUCUGAAGACCCCUACAGGACAGUGCUGCUUCUUGAGCUUGGAAAAGGCGAGAUUCCGAUAAUCACGGACCCACCCUUACUUGGACCUACGUUGGCUUCCACUGACUAUAACUUCGGAUACCAAACUGAGGUCCAAAAAUAUGGUUGUCAAGGUAUGCGUGGUAAACGGUGCAGUUGGGCACACGGACGAGGAGUUGGCGGAUCUUCAAUCAUAAACAAUGUGAUUUAUACCAGAGGUAACAAACGAGAUUACGACAGCUGGGCACAAGCCGGAAACCCUGGCUGGAGUUGGAAUGAGAUCUUGCCUUACUAUCGGAAGCUAGAGCGAUCGAACAUACGAGACUUUGGGAAUAAUGGCUACCAUGGCAAAGAUGGACCGUUGUCAGUGGAAGAUUGUCCGUUCAGAACUGAAAUAGCUGGAGCCUUCGUAAAAAGUGCCCAACGGCUUGGCUAUCCCUAUCUGGAUUAUAACGCCGGGGAUCUCAUCGGAGUGUCGUAUCUGCAGGCACACACCCUGCGUGGGCACCGUGCCACCGGCGGCAACGCAUAUCUGAAGGACAUCGUCAAUCGACCGAACCUGCACAUCAUGACUCGCUCCUGGGUUACCAAGGUUCUGAUAGAACCGCAUAGCAAAGUGGCCAAAGGGGUGCAGUUCGUGAAUGGAAAGAAAACCUUCACGGUUAAAGCGACCCGGGAAGUUAUUCUUUCGGCAGGAGCUUUUGAAAGUGCCAAGUUACUCAUGCUGUCCGGAGUGGGACCCGCAAAACACCUUCAGAAGCAUAAUAUUAAAGUGAUUCAGAAUCUUCCAGUCGGUAAGCAGGUGACAGAGCACGGCGGAGUCUACGGACCAGUGUUUAUCGUGCAUAACGAUCCGGAUGGGUACACUAGUUUGGAGAACGUGACCACAAUUCGAGAGUAUUUGCAAUUUAUGAAGGGCCAGGGACCUCUGACGACAAAUUCCGUGGAAAGUUUGCUAUAUGUGAAGUCACCAGUGGCGGAGGACCCCGAUCCUGGACUGCCAGAUGUCGAAGUAAUGCAAGCAUUCGUCUCGUUCGGAUUCGAUACUUCUCCAUCAGUGAAAUUUGCCUAUCAGCUAUCGGAUGAAUUGGAUCAAGCGUACUUCCGUCCUCUGGCGAAUAAGAGAACAUUUAUGUAUCUACCAAUGUUAUUGAAAGCACGGGCCAGAGGACAGGUACGGUUAAAGUCAACAAACCCUUUCCAUCAUCCUGAGUUUAAAUAUCAGUACUUUGAAGAUGAAAGAGACGUGGAUGCAUUGGUGUAUGCGAUUCUUCAAGUCAUAAAAAUAACCUCACAACAACCGUUUGAGAAACUAGGAGUGGAAUUGUAUAAAAAUAAGGUCCCUGGUUGCAAGCACCAUAAGUUCAACACAUUGGAAUAUUGGCGGUGUCAUGUCAGAACAGUGACCGCAACUUUUCAACAUCAGGUUGCGACUUGCAAAAUGGGACCAGCUAGUGAUCCGCAAGCAGUGGUUGAUCAUCGACUCCGUGUGCAUGGUAUUAAACGACUUCGAGUAGCCGACAUCGGCAUCAUUCCUGAUUCACCUACCGGCCACACCAGUGCUCAUAGUUUUUUGAUUGGUGAGAAGGCCGCGGAUUUGAUCAAGCAGGAUAACUAUCGAUAAGGCUGUCGAAUGAAGUCGUUAUAGACUUUUUCGAAAGUUUUUAGUUCGAUGUUUUGACCUGAUUUUCACAAAUGGACUACGCUACUUCGAACAUCGACAACAACGCUACGCAUUUUACACCGUUCACGCAUAUCAAAACAAAUGUCCGUACCGUAAUGAACACCGCGGCACGCUUCAGCAAACGGCCGGCUAAUAUCGAACAUGCAUUGUGG